UAGAAUAAAAGAUGAAAAGUUCAGUGUUGAGCAUGUUACUUUUAUUUGGAGCCUUUGUGACAUUGCUUGCAGUGCUGCCAGGGAGUUCUGCUCAUCCACGAAGCUUUAAGGACAAGUGGAAGAAGAUAAAAGAUUCUGUGUAUCAUUUCUUCCAUCCGUUCACUCCAAUGAAAAGUGGUCCCAGGUAUGGAAUUUGCAGCUUUGAACCCAAUAGAACUUUGACAUCUGGACAGCUGAAUAUAAUAGGAUACAUCCUCUUCAAGCAAGAUGAAGCAAAGAACAAAGUCAAAGGCUUUUUUUCCCUGGAUGGUUUUCCAAAAGUUACAUCUGUUCAUGCAAUUCACAUACAUCAGUUCGGAGAUCUGACCUACGGAUGCAAAUCCACUAGCAAACACUUCAACCCAUACAAUGUUAAACAUCCAAAUCACCCUGGAGAUUUCCCUAAUUUGGAGACCAAACAUGGAAAAAUUAGAGAAUUGCUCCAUAAUCUUCGGGUGACCAUGUAUGGACCUGAUUCAAUUUUGGGCCUCGGGAUAGUCUUGCAUGAGGGCAAGGAUGAUUUAGGAAAAGGUGGAAAUCCAGAAAGUCUUAUUCAUGGAAAUUCUGGGAAAGCAUUGGCAUGCUGUACAAUCGCAAUCAGCUCUGGCAAAUCUUGGGAAGAAAUGGUGCCACAAUAA